CUUUUCACAAACUAAACUCUUCUUCAGUUCUCUUUUCUAGAUUCUCUCACCACCCUCUCGAUAAACAUUCUUCACGCGAAACCUGUUUCUUUGCGACAUUUCGUCGAACAGUGAAAAUGAUAAGAUUGUUCAAAAUAAAGGAGAAGCAACAGGAACUUUCUGCAAAUUCCAACGGGAAGCCUCCUGGCAAAACUCAAAGUGCAGGGGAGCUGCGUCUUCAAAAAGAUAUAAGCGAGUUAAACCUACCCAAUGCAUGUAGCAUAUCAUUCCCAAAUGGACAAGAUGACCUCAUGAACUUUGAGGUAACCAUUCGGCCUGACGAGGGAUACUACUCAGGUGGCAUGUUUACGUUCACGUUCCAGAUUUCCUCCGUCUAUCCUCAUGAUGCACCAAAGGUCAAAUGCAAAGCAAAGGUUUACCAUCCUAACAUCGACUUGGACGGAAAUGUGUGCCUUAACAUUCUUCGAGAAGACUGGAACCCGAUUCUAAACAUCAACACGAUAAUCUACGGAUUGUAUCAUUUGUUCACGGAACCAAAUCAUGAGGAUCCGUUGAAUGCAAAGGCCGCUAAGGUGUUGCGAGACAAUCCUAAGUUGUUCGCGUUCAAUGUAAAGAGAACAAUGGCUGGCGGGUAUAUGGGCCAGACCUUAUUCACCCGCUGUAGAUAGUUCUAAGAUGGUUUCAGAUUCAUCUGGGAAAAUAGUUUGAAAUCUGUAAAAAAGUUGGAUCUUUUUUUCUUUAAAGAUCUUUUUGAUAAAUGAGUCGCAGAAGGUUGGGUAAACUCUUUGAGGAUUAGCAUUCUGCAAGUGAAAUAUAUGUAGUCAUGCAUAUAGGUGUGUAUAGCUUUUGUAUAAAGUGAUGUAUAUGGAUGUUAUCAUGUAAGAUUGUUUGGUUUCGAGUAAAGAAUUGUGACCGAUGAUUGAUUGUA